AUGUCGUCGUCCCUGGAGAAGAAGAAGAAGAGGAAAAAGAAGAGGAAGGGGAAGAGGAAGACAAGUACAGCUACGACGAAGAAGCUGUCACCGUCGUCGCCACAAUCAACCACAACUCCGUUGCUUCCCGAUGAUUUGCUAUUGAGCUGCUUCGCACGUGUUUCUAGAUUGUACUAUCCGACUUUCUCCCUUGUCUCCAAGCGGUCACAUCCGUGUUCUCUCUGGUACACCCUCUGCCUGAAACCUAACCAAACCCUAACCAAUGAGAAGAAGAAGUCAAGUGUUUAUGUUUUGGCUACAGUCCCAGUUCCAAGUUCUCCUCGUUCGCACUUUCCGGGUCUUGUGGCGGUUGGUUGUAAUAUCUACAACAUUAAAAAGAGCUCCUACUUGGAAGAAAAAAAAGAAGAGCUCUCCUCUAACGUCUCGGUUCUAGAUUGCCGGACUCACACUUGGCGUGAGGCUCCAAGCUUGCCGAUGAAGCUAUUGACACUUUCUGCUAGCGUUCUUGAUGAGAAGAUACACGUGGCAGGAUGCUACAAAGACGGCGGUUCUUGGAAUUACUUGAAGAACACGUUUCAUGUUUUCGACACAAAAACACAGAUUUGGGAUUCUGAGACCAUCCCUUGCAGCGAGACAAAAUGCAGUUUUUUUAACUCGAGAAGUGCAUGUAUUGACGGAAAGUUUCACGUAAAGACUAACAAGGUGGUUGCUUACAAUUCCAAGGAAGCUAGAUGGGACUUGGUUGGACAAGAGAUGGGUGAAUAUAUGACCUCAGAUUUCUGUUGCGUGAUAGAGAAUAUUUUGUACUCUGCUUCUCACGGAGUAUUGAGAUGGUAUGACUCUGAAGUAAGCAUGUGGAAACAGUUGCAGGGAGGACUACGUAACUUCUCUCGUGACGCUUGUAUUAGAUUGGCUGAUUAUGGUGGAAAGUUGGCGGUUUUGUGGGAACAAGAACUGUUUGGUGAUAAGAAGAUUUGGUUUGCGGAGAUUUCUCUUGAAAUACAUAAAAUAGAACGUGAGAUUUGGGGAGAAGUUGAGUGGUUUAGUGAUGUGCUUACAGUCCCUAAGUCAUGUAGUAUCGUCAAGGUUCUUGCUGUUACUCUUUGA